AUGAAUAAAUCAGUUUUCGAAAAGUCAUAUGUACUACAGAGUAUUAGUGAGGCUGAUAAGCUGAAAUUCUAUAAUAGUACAAGAUUAUGGCACACUAAAUUUAAUUAUUAACUCUUUGAUACUGAAGAACUCAAAAGUGUUCAUUUUGAAGACAAUAAAAAGUUUAUAAUGAUGAUUGAGUCUAUUUAAUAUUUCAACAAAGAAGUAAUAAUUCAUUUAAUUUAUUUUAGAUAUAAUCAUCAUUAAAAUAAAGUAGAAUACAUCCAAAUUUCCCUACUCGUUACAAUUUUUACUAAAAUAUUGUAAAUUUAUUAAGAGAAGCAGCCAUAGCUAAAGGGAGAGAUGCUUAAUUGAUUUUUCUAGAAAAAGUUUACACAUUUUAUGUAUAGAAUAAUAGAUCAAUUAUGAAAACAUAAGAUAAAGAAACAGGUAAUACAAGUUCGAGUGAAGAUUCAAGAUUUAUCAUUUAAGAUCAGACUCAGCUAUUACCUAGUAAAUAAAUAGAUGAGUAACUACUGGAUUAUAAAGAUAAAAAAAGAACCAUGCAUAAACAUUGCGAUCCACCUCAAUUAAGGUAUUUGAAGUCAUCUUUUUUUUAGAUUAAAAUUAUAUAAAAGAAGACAAUUUAAUUAAUUAAAUAAUCUAAUACCUGAACAAAACGGAAAAAGUACAUUCCCUAAAGUUGUUUCCUAGCCUUAAAAAGAAUAGGAUGAUAAUCUAUAAUAAAGUUAAGAAUAAACAGAAGGUGAAAUUGUAAUAGAUGGAGAUUUACUAGGGAAUGAGAAUGAAGAUGAUGAAAAGAAAAAAAUUGUUAUUAAUAUGGUACCUAAGAUCAAAGUAUUUUAAAAAGAUGAUGUUAAUUUAGAAUAAAAAGAUUUGAAUCAAUAAUUUGAAAACAGAUAAAAUUUUUAGUUAUAUUAACCAUCAAAUUAAGAGAUUGAAUUGAAUCUAUAAAAUAGAUGGAUUUAAUUUAGAUAAAAAGAAGCUUUAGAAAAAAAAAUGGAUGAAGAAAUUGUCAAUUCUAUGAAUGUUUGGUCUAGAAAUAAAGCAAGAAUAGAAAAGGAAAUAGAUCGAAGAAUUGACUCUCAACAUUAUGGAAGUAGAUAUGCGGAUAUUGAUAAAAGAAGAACCUAAUCAGUUGGAUAAUCAUAUUAUUAAGAUCCAAAAGUAGUCAAUCUUAAUCCAUUACCUACAAUCAUUUAAUCAUAGAUUAGAUAACAAGAUUCUGUUAUUGAUACUUCAUUUUUAGAAAGCAAAGCAUCUGCCCAAAGAGUUAUUAAUGCUAGAAGAGCAUAUAAAGAUUUGUUGAAUCUAAGUGCUGCAGAUACCUAGCUAGAAGAAUAACCUUCUUCCUUAUCUAUUUAUGCAAACAAACUUAGAUCGAAUUCUCUUCAUAAUAAAUUCUCUCAAUUACUAUAAAGAAAUAGCCCUUCAAAGAUGAAUGAAUCCAAUUUAUAAGAAGUUUUAGAUAUCAAAAAUAGAUUCGCUAAACAUAAAAUUCCUAUUUAAAUUAAUUCACUUUUAUCCGGUAUUAUGGUACCAACAUAUCAAGAAGACUUCCAUAACAAAUUAAUGGAUAUAGGAUAAUCUAUGUUAAAUAAUCCUUUUGAAGAGAAAAAAGGAAAAAAAAAGAAGAAAAAAAAGGAAUGA